AUGACUUCCGCAAAGAAAAUGGACGUCGUCGAUCUGACCCUUAGCGAUGACGACGCGCCUGCUGCUUCCUUUGCGAAGUCGCACAAAGGUGGGCAGGCAGGAACAAGUGCUACAAGAAAGCCCGCUUCCAAGCCCGCCAUCAGCAAACAGAGCUCAAUGAGCGCAGCAUCUUCUAGGAAUGGUGUCGGGACGUCAAGCGUACCGGGGAACGGCCAAAAUUCUAAUAGCAAACAACGACAUACGAACGGCGAAGUGUUCCGCAACGGGGAGCAUCGCGUACAGUCGAGAACAUCUCCAAAGCCUAAGGCAAGCGAGCCUUUGACGUCUCCACUGGGCCAGAACAAACGCUCACAGCAAAGUCCUAAGCCCAUCAUUCUGAGCGACAACGGCGCGACUACUUCGACAACACCGGUCUUCAAGAUGCCGCGGGUUGGAGACAGCAGUAGCUCGCAACAGUCUCCGAGCAAAGAUGCGACUUCUCAAGAAUCAUCGAAAUCGAGUGAGAAGAAUCCUUUGAAGCGCCCUGUUGAUCAAACGAGCUUCCACAGCGAUGUAAAUACGGGAAAAAAGGCCAAGACCGGGGGUGAGAGUUUGCGCCGGCCGCUCCUCAGAUCACCCUCACAAGCGGUCAGGCAGUCAACGGCAAUGAUGGAAAGGAGCAAGAAGAUAACGAGCGCGCAGACGAUUGAUCUGACGUCCUCGCCACCGCCCAAGAGACAAGCAUCAAGACCUCUUAACCCCGACCAUGACAUACCAAUCCGGAGAUCUCCUGGACGAGAUCCUCAGGCUCUGUCACCAAGCCCCUCCAGAACGGAGAGAAGCCAGCUCGCGAAUGGCAGGCCCUACAGAGAAGGUCGCCCAACCGCGUUCAAAAAAGAGGCAGGAAGCUGGGUGGGAAUUCCUGUCAGUGGCGAGAGUCCAGGUCCAGGAACGCCCUCUACCAGAGCUUCUCCUCGCAAAAAUCGGGAACAACUGCGUAGCAGCUCUAAGGUGCAUUCUGACGGAGAUCUGGCACAGGAUUCUACCAGGAGCAGCCUCUCUUAUUCUGCACGAAAGGAGCAGGCAGCAAGAACCGAGAGUCCUGGCACUGUUGGUCGAAUACUUAGACAGCCCGGUCACUUGCGACAAGUCUUCGACAAUCGACAAGAAAAUCUGUCAACAGCAGAAAGGUCGAGCCAACCAAAAGCCGCAAGCACUACAGAUCCACGGCUGCAGGGUUCCCAGAUGGCGCAGUCCUCAUACACUGCAGACCUGGCACUUGAUGAUGUGUCAUAUCCUACGAGUGCAAGCAAGCCUGCGGAUCCGGAACUGGCCGUUCAAGCUCAAGAGCCACGUAGCCGUGGGGAGAGCACUUCAGCAGGCGCUGCUGCUCGUGUGCUUCGUGACAGCCCGCGGAAAGCCAGUGGUUCCAGGUCAGAUGCGGGAACCUCAGACGGUGCACUCAAUGAUGCAAGUCGAUCAAAGUCAAACGGGCACUGGGACCCAGAUCCCAAGAUUCAGGGCAAGAGGCUGUCGAAACUAUCGGCUCUGGACAGUCGCGAGGAUCUUGACGGGCGCGCGCCAACUCCGAAAGACCAGCUUUUUCUCGAGAUGUCGGCGACGAUUCCCCAAAAGGCGCCACAGGAACCCCUUCCAAACAGUACAGCUGCAGACGAGCGAGCUGCUCGGUCUCGCUCGCCAGACCAUAUGGCUGACUUCCUCAGCCGCACGCAUUCCGCCAGUGACGAAGCGGACUUGCAGCUUAGAACAGAAGCCAUGGAAGGAGCUGAGCACCAGCUACCUAUGACUACGGCGCCACCGAAGUUCGCAGUACCCACGUUUGCUGCGUCUGCCAUGAAAACCUCCAUCUACGCGAAUCUGCCACUCACCAGCCAAGUAGAAAAGGUCCUUGGCAAGCAUCUUGAACAGAUGCGUGGAGACAAUGAGUACUGGGCUGCUACCUUCCUUCAACGGGCUCGACUGAAGAAGGUGAGCCGCAACGAAGGUCAGCCCACACCUGCUGUUUCUUUUGCGAGCAUGAAGCCCAUCAACUCCUUGCCUCCGCAGAAGAAGGUUGCGCUUGGUGACAAGCAGCAGAUGUGGCAGGUGGAAAAGAUCGGUCCUGGCGGGAAAGCUCUGGGUGUGACGAGCAUGAACGUGCGGUACACCUCAUUUGCAACGCAGAAGAGGGAUGUGGCGAACUACGCACACUACGUUGGCAUUCAGCACAACAUGCUCGCCCCAAACGUCACGAAUCUACAUUGCUGGCCGUACUUCGGCGACGACUUUGAGAUGGCGCAGGCUGAGAACCUACAUGAGCAGUACAACCUCGACAUAGACUUGCGCGAGGAGAAGCUGCUUUUGCUGCUGCGAGCGCAGCAGUAUGAGCCUUACGUGAACGACACUUUACAGGAUCUUGAGUGUUCCUGGUCAGACCUGCUCCGCUAUCUGAUCGAGGAGCAAGAGAAGAAGGAACAAGCAUGGGCAGCAAAAGAGCCGACUGAAAAGCAGCAGAAGGAGGAGGAGAAGAGGCGCAAGAUUCACAAUCUCUCCGCAAGGAGCUCGCGCUCGGAGGCAAUCCUCGCUGCUCUGCCGCCAACCACCCCUGAGAAAAGGGCAAGGGUGGGCUUCUUGUGCGACAACUUUGAGAAGAUGGCAAAGUUCAAUAUCUGGCAUGUCGCGCGAAGGAGUGAUGAAGCGAACCCUGUCAGCCAGGAUGCAGAGUCAGACGAACCCUCUCCGAAGCUCACGUGCAGAUUGUGUCUCCGCGUGGGCUGUCCAUUCCACGGCGAGCUGAACGAGCGUCCGGAAGAUGACAGUGAAUCAGAUACCACCGCCGAAAAGGACAAAGUCCUGGCCACCGAUAUCGUCAACCCGCCUAGGUCGAACUACCGCACGCGGGUAGCGUUUCCGCCGGCUUCGCCAGAGACGACCGCCAUUUCGUUUGACUUUCGUUCAAAGACGAGGAAGAAAGAUGCAACCUACUGGCGCAACGAUCGACUGUACCAGGAACCUGACCAGCUCGGCCCCUUCUACCCCUGCUCUCAUCCCGGAAGCUCUUGCGAGGAGGCCGAAUGCAGUUGUUACAACGAGUGCCGACCAUGCGAGAAGACGGCUGCUCAUGCGCGAAGAAAGGGUCAAAGUGCUUCAAUGAUUCAGAAUGCGCUUGCUUCUUCAAUGGCCGAGAAUGCGAUCCAGAUCUCUGCGGCACCUGCGGCACACGAUGAUAGCGUUCUGUCCGGCAGAUGUCGCAAUGCCGGCAUGCAGCGUGGUGUGCCUAAGCAGACCUUGCUGGGCGAUAGCGGUGUUCACGGCCUGGGCUUGUACGCCUGCGAGAACAUUCGCGAGAAUGAGUUCGUCGGAGAGUACAAGGGCGAGAUCAUCACCAAGGAAGAAGCCGAGCGCCGUGGUGCGGUGUACGAGCACCAGAAGCUCACGUACCUAUUCCAGCUCAACCUCACCCAGGAGAUCGACAGCACCUACUUCGGGAACAAAGUACGGUUCAUCAAUCACGCUUCUAGAUCGAAGGCCAACCUCUACCCCAGGAUUAUCAUGGUCAACGCAGUCCACCGGAUCGCCUUAUAUGCUAACCGCCCCAUCGCAGCUGGGCAGGAGCUGUUCUUUGACUAUGGUCCAAAGUUUCCGGAUGAACAGCUCGGCGGGAAGAAGCAGGAGAAGUCUGCACCACACGUGCGCAACGUUAAUCUUGUCAAAGACUUCGUCGACCACGAUGAGAGCGAAGACGAGGUUGGGAACCUCAGGGCGAAAGCCGUUGACCGGCCUGCCAUCUGCAGAGGCAAGGGGAAAGCGAGGAGAGGCGGAGCACGUACUGGAGCCGGCAGGAAGCCCCAGCAGCAAGAGAGACAGGCUGAGAUGUCAGCCGUCGACCAGUUCAGGGAAGCCGGACGGCGGUUGCAGGAAUUUAAUAUAUCUGACGACCCGCGGUUCGAUCUCAUGGAGGUUGAUGAAGAGGCUGGAGCGGAUGAUGAGGAUUACGAGGAAGACGGGGAGUCUGAGGCGAGUGGUUCGAGCGGCGCUGCGGAGGAGAGCGAGGAUGAGUAG